UUCAAUAAAUAAUAUAAAACUUUGGAACUGUAGUAACAUCACAUUAUAGCUGAACCAUUCGAUUAACAGAUUAUGGAUCCCAAACAAAUAUGAUUCAUAUGCUUCUUCAUAAUCUGAUUUUCAUAAAUUUCUUUUAAAUCCAUUUUGUCAGUGUUUUUGGUCACUUUGAAUUAUAAUUUCUUCUCUAAGUGAAGGAAAAUUUACGAAAGCCAUAAAGAGGCAAUAUUCUACACAGAUGUAUUCGGGAUUAUAAGAACACUACACAAACAGCAUGAAAAAAAUGAUUUAGAUUAGAAUGAGUAUAAACAGGGUACUGACUCUCAACCGACCUGAGCACCGCUACCAUAUGUGAUUUUUUGUGCUGUAGUACACCCUAACUGACAGAAGAUAUUCCGCCCUUCAAUUGAAAGCCAAAAUGUUAGCCGUUAAGGACCUCAUAAUGUCAGAAACUAAAAGUGAUUCUCGACCCAGUGAUCUCCUUCUGGCCCAGAUCGAAGCUGAAUAGUAACAGAGAAUGUGACUGAAAGCCUCGUCUGCUUCUAAGCAGAGUCGACAAUCUAUCUCUUUAGGCAGACACAUUUUGUUACUGUUAUAACGCAGUCCGUGGUGACCCGUUAAAUAUCUCAUCAGCAACCUCAACUCUGUUUGUUUUGCUGUUCUGGAAGGAUACCUUAUCGUAACUGUAAGGACGAACCAGUUCUUUUCGGUUGAAGGAAAAAUAGCAUGAAAAAGAUGUUACUAACAGUACAAUUUGCAAUAACUUCACUGCUACAUUUAAAGUAUUCUUGAAGUUUAUCUAUUACUACCUGAAGUAUUAAGAAUUAGGUUCACUUUAUUUAUCAUUAACUUAUCAGAGACCCCUUUUAUAUUUAGUUGAUACUUAUAAACGGACAGACAGACGGAUUAAAAAUUCCUUGCACUCGAACAGUUUUAGAGUAAUACAAUAGAUCGAGUUUGUUUUGGACAAAGUGAUCGUAUUACACCUAGAAAAUAAUCAAUAUAAAAUACUAUGUACCGAAAAAGGCUCAAUUAAAAAACAGACAUAGAUAACUAUGCUCAAGCAUAGGUUUUUAUAAUUUUAUAACUAACUAUAACUAUUUUCAGUACUUUCAGAUCUAAUAAUUGGUGCUUUUGUGGGCCAUUAAAUUCUAGCAUUUUUUUUGAUAUGAGUUGGUUUAAUAUAUUGCUAACUUUUCUUUUAUUCCUACACGUAACACUGGGUAAUGAGCCGAAAUCAGUUGAUGAAGAACUUCAAAAAUUCCUCCACCGUGUUAAUGACCGCUUGGCGGAUUUGUAUAACAAAGAAGUCUUAGCUGCUUGGCAAAAUGAAAUCAAAGGUCCCAACGAUUUGGUAGCAUUACUCCAAUCCGAUAUAGCAACGCAGGAAAUAAUAAGCUAUCUGAAAAAAAUUUCCACAAAAGCAGCCAAAUUUAAGCGAUUAAAUAUCACCGAUGAGAAACUUAAGACGCAAUUAGCUAAAAUACCUGUAGUUGGGUAUGAAGUCUUAGACAAUGAUGAUUUGGACACUAUGUAUGCCGUCACUACAAAUAUGAGUGAUAUAUAUAGAAACGUCAAGUUAUGUUCAUUUACCGAUCCAAAUAAUUGUAAUUUAACUCUCGUACCCGAUGUGCAGCAUAUAUUACAUAGCAGUAAAAAUAUUGCAGAAAUUGAAUUUUAUUGGUUGGAAUGGCGUAAGAAGACUGGUACGGCAGCAAAAGACGAUUUCAUUCAAUUUGUGGAACUCUAUAGAAAAACAGCAAAAUUAAAUGGAUUUGCAAAACCUUCUGAUUACUGGUUCAGAGAUUUGGAAGAAAAUAGUGUUGAAGCUUUUGAUUUACUGGAUAACAUAAUGACUCAGCUACGUCCAUUGUUUGAACAAUUUCAUGCAUAUAUACGUUCUGAGUUACGUCAAAUUUAUGGUUCGGAAUUAAUAGAGCACAACAAACCAUAUCCACAAAAUUUGGCUGAAAUUUUUAUUGGCAAUUCAUACCGUCGCACUGAACCAGAAUGGUAUGUCAAUUUACCAUAUAAUGACGUAGGUUUACCAAAUAUUACCGAGGGUCUAUUUAAACGCGCACUAAAUAAUUCACAACGCAUGUUUUGGAAUGUAGCCGAAUAUUAUAGAUCAAUUGGUUUACCACAACUGGAAGAAAAAUUCUGGACUGAUAAUACGAUGCCGAGAGCGGAUACUGAUGAUGUGACUUGUUGGCAUAAAGCUUGGAAAUAUUAUGGAAACCAACAUGUAAAUUUAUCCUAUUGCCCAAUAACAAAUGAGGAGCGCUUUAUGAAUAUGUUUGAAGCAAUUUCUGAUGUUUACUACUAUCAGGCAUACCAAGACCAACCAACACUGUUUGAAGAUGAACCAUUUCCCAAUUUUAGUGAUGCUUUGGGUAAAGUCUUUUCGAUGGCAGCUUCUUCACCAAAAUAUUUGGAAAAACUGAAGAUUAUUGAAAAUAAGUUUACAACGAAAGAUGCAAGAAUAAAUCGACUUUAUGUUAUGGGUCUUCGCACAAUUUUCCUUCUACCAGUUUUCUAUGUGUUGGAUCGAUAUCGUGUUGAUGUUAUCGAUGAGAAAAUUGAUGUUUCAAAUAAUUGUGCAUAUUGGGAACUGACAGAAAAAUAUACUGGGGCUGAACCACCCAUAGUACGAACAAAUAAUGAUUUUGAUGCACCAGCAAAACUUUUGAUGGAAGUGGAUGAUCAAUACACAAGUCAUUUAAUGAGUACUGUUUUACAAUUCCAAUUGUAUAAACGUUUCUGUGAAUUGACAGGACAAUAUAAACAGGAUGAUCCUAACUUACCUUUAGAUUUGUGUGAUUUAUCAAAUCAAACGAUUAUUGGUCCAUUAUUGUUAGAUGCUAUAUCGUUGGGUUCUUCGAAAUCUUAUAAAGACAUUAUUUAUAUGCUAACUAAUGACAAUGAACUGAAAUUAGAUGGUUUGUUGGAAUAUUUUCAACCUCUUUAUGACUGGUUAGUUGAACAGAAUAAAUUACGAAAUGAGGAAAUUGGUUGGACCAAUUCAGAUCGUUGUGUAUCAUAAAUUUAAGUUGAAAUAACUAGAUUAAGU